GCCAAGUAAAUCAAUAUAUUAUAUUUAGUGACAAGAGAAUAUGAAAAAGCUUAAAAAAAAUUAAGCUAUUAAAAUUCAUAACUAGUGCUUUUUCAACGUACUGAGCCGGAAGAACAUGCUCCUUUUUCGAACCUAGGAGUGGCUAGAGUGCGGCCUACCCCUUUCCGGCCACCAAUUACACCGUAUUUUAGAGGGCGCCAGAGUGGCUCUUAAAGCUUAGAUGCUUAGGUAUGUGCCGAUGUCACCCGAUUACAAUUCAGCCGGAUUCCCCUUAUUGCCAAGAACUGUUAUUCAGCACAUUUGUCAAUUACAUAGUUGUAGUUCAUUUCAAGACGGGCGGGCUUAUGCGAGGCGGGUUAUGAAAUAUCUAGCUGGACUGGUGAACUUUAUGUUCGAGUCCUGAUGGAUCCGUCUUCACCCCAGAGCGAUCCAAGAUUGAGGCCCAAGACUUGGUACCAAUGGCUCUUGCAUCCGCGCCGUCAUAUAGAAUCGAAACGUGAAUCAGAUCCCGCGAGCGAAGCUUCAGCGGGUAAUUCUCGAUUCUCUAGGAUGCUGUUCCUCAAGAGCCUCCCGCGAUGGCGGCGAUUUCUUAUCGUCGUACCCAUAGUGGGUUUACUAGUCUGGGUCUCGAUUCCUAACAGGUUGAAUUCUCCGAAUACUCUUUUGCAAACCAUUAAAGGCUCAUCAUGGAAAUAUAGCGAUGACAUCUUGCGAUAUGUAGACCCUCUCAUAGGCACCGUGAACGGAGGGCAUGUCUUCCCCGGCGCGACGCUGCCGUAUGGCAUGGCGAAAGCCGUAGCCGACACGAGCGAUCGUGGAGAAAUAGCCGCAGGAUUUGUCUCGGACGACUCUGACAUCCAAGGCUUCUCACACUUACACGACUCAGGCACCGGAGGGAGCCCUUCAUUGGGAAACUUCCCUCUUUUUGUGCAUCCAGGAUGCCCUGAGGAUGAUUUCGCUCAGUGUAAAUAUACAUAUAUCGGUAGAGGCGUUCCAAGAAUAAAACAUUCGGCGACAGCACGGCCGGGAUAUUUUGCUAUCAGCCUCAACAACUCAGUCCACGCUGAGAUGACAGCAACCGAACACGCCACGCUUUACAGAUUCAGCCUCCCUAAGGCCGCAGAGGUACUAUCGCAUAAGGCCAUGGUACCUACUAACCCUCUGCUUCUUUUGGACUUGAUGGAUCUGGGCAAUUCCCGAACCGGGGGUGACAUUCAAGUAAAUCCAGAAACAGGAAGGAUAACAGGAAAUGGUUCGUUUAGCCCGUCGUUUGGCCGCGGAUCGUACACCGCGCAUGUCUGUGCAGAUUUCCGGGGCGCUGAUAUUCGAAAGACGGGGGUUUUCCUACAAACCAAUGUUACUGAUGAAAUUCAGGCUGUGGGACAUGUGGCAAAUAAUUUUUACAUUCCGUCUGGCUCAGCUGGUGCUUGGAUACAUUUCGCGCACUCGGAGCAGAUCGUGGCUCGGGUGGGCCUGUCGUUCAUAUCCGUACAGCAGGCCUGCCACAACGCAGAGGUGGAAAUCCCAAACUUUGGCUUCGAUGACGUGGUGAAAGCCGCUGAGAAAGCUUGGAGGGACAAGCUGUCUGUGAUCAUGCCCGAUCACUCUGGUAUGAGCCACGAAUUCCUUACCACAUUUUGGUCGGGACUUUACCGAGCGUUAAUCUCACCCCAAGACUACACCGGGGAAAACCAGCUCUGGGAGUCGAAUGAACCGUACUACGAUUCCUUUUACUGCAUAUGGGAUUCGUUCCGUGCGCAACACCCUCUACUUACUAUAGUUGACCCCAAAAUUCAGACGAAGAUGGUGCGAUCCCUAAUUGACAUAUACAAGCACGAAGGAAAGCUACCUGAUUGUCGCAUGAGUUUUAGCAAAGGCUACACACAAGGAGGCUCUAAUGCCGAUGUAGUACUCGCAGAUGCCUUCAUAAAAAACCUCACGGACGGGAUCGACUGGAACCUAGGUUACGAGGCCGUCGUCUCCGACGCGGAGGUGGAACCGAAAGAUUGGUCCACGACCGGACGCGGCAGCCUCGUGAGCUGGCACACGCUGGGAUACGUCCCAUACGACGAUCAAGAUAAGAAUGGAACGGGCCCGAUGAGUCGAGGCAUUUCGCGGACGGUGGAAUACGCGUACGACGACUUCGUGAUCGCGUUGAUGGCGAGGGGGCUCGGUCAUAAGAACGACGAGACUAAGUAUUUGCAGCGCAGUCGAAACUGGAAGAAUCUGUUCAACCCGGAACAGGAGGAUCGGUACCGCGAUGAAGCUGGCACCGUUCAAAUGUCGACGUUUAAGGGCUUCUUGCAGCCGCGGUUCCGCAAUGGUACUUGGCGAUACCAGAACACGCGACUGUGCAGUCCCAUAUAUCAACAGCACAGCUGUUAUUUUGACACUCAAUAUGAGACUUACGAGGGUAGUCCAUGGCUAUAUACGUUCUACGUGCCACAAGAUAUGGCCGCGCUUAUAGAAGCGCUAGGAGGGCACGAGACCUUCGUCGAGCGACUCGACUUCUUCCACUCGUCGGGGAUCAACUACAUGGGCAACGAGCCGAAUUUCCUCACGACGUUCCAAUUCCACUACGCCGGACGGCCCGGCCGCAGCAACUACUGGCUGCACCAGUACAUCCCGGGGCAGUUCAACAGCAGCAUCAACGGGAUCCCGGGCAACGACGACUGCGCAAUGGGAGCCUUCACGGCGUUCGCCUUCAUGGGGUUCUACCCAGUCGCCGGCCAGGACGUGUACCUGCUCACGGCACCCAUGUUCCGGCAGGUCAGCAUCCAGACGCCGUCCGGGAAGCCGGCGAUACUGCGCAACGUCGGCGGGUUUGACGCGCCGCAAUACCGCAACAUUUACGUACAGAGGGUGAGGUUGAACGGGAAGUCAUACACCCGGAAUUGGAUCAAGCACGACUUCUUCCUGAAGGGCGGCACGCUGGAGUUCGUGUUAGGGCCUACAGAAAGUGAUUGGGGUACGAGAAACGAGGAUCUGCCGCCUAGUCUAUCAACGGGGCUGCCGGACUGAUUGCACGAGUAAGAGGCAAUGAAAACUUAUCACAAAUUUUUAGGAAUUUAAAGGGAGGAAAUUUACACCGCAGGAAUGCUACUCGGGAAGCACCCCUAAAUAAUUUACAGAUGAAUGUACACAACUCUAUGUUGCCAAAUGCAUAUGCAAGGUACGUAUGGAUAAUCAUAAGCGUGAGAGAGUGCGAAUGGAGACGAAAAAAAAAUAAUACAUACAAAAAAAAAAAAAAAAAAAAAA